UCCAUACCUUCCUGUGAAUCCUACUGCAAUUGAGGGAAUUGUGCAGGUCCUGACGGGAAAAAGAAAGAGCCAGAGAGUAACGUGCCUCUUGCUUCAAUUGAGAAUAUGCAAUAUGCUGUUACUGUGGAUGUUCUUCACGCGGUGAGGGUUUACAAGUUUUGCUUACUUCAACUGUGUUUUCUGCUUUUGGUACUGUCCAGAAAAUUGCUAUAUUUGAGAAGAAUGGCCAAACGCAGGCAUUACUCCAAUACACUGAUGUCACUACCGCAGCAUUGCCAGAGAAGCUUUAGAGGGCAUUGCAUAUAUGAUGGUGGCUAUUUUAAGCUUCAUCUAUUAUACUCUCAUCAUACUGAUCUCUAUGUGAAGGCCUACGGCGACAAAAGUAGAGAUUAUACCAUUCCAGAUGCUAGUUUGCUUGCAGAACAACAAGCUUCAAGUCUACCUCCUGCUCCGCCUGUGUGGCAGAAUCCUCAGGCUGCUCAAAUGUACCCAGGGAAUGUCUUUGGUGCCAAAGCAGCUGCACAUGCUCAAAUUCCUCCUGGUCAGGUGGCAUCGUGGGAUCCUAACACGCAGGCAGGAAGAUUGACUUUUGUACCGGCUGCUAGUUCCUAUCCCAGUCAAAACUUUGCAGCAGCUUCGGUUCCGGCAUACGCCAUUGCAGCAACACCAGGUGGUUCCUUGCCUCUAUCCCAAAGGAGCCCAAUUACAUCUGGUGUGCCUUCUUCAGUAAUAACUCAGCCAGGAGUUCAACCGAAUUUGCGGCCUGGUGGUGCUUCACCUCCAGGAGUUCAACCUGGUGGUGUUUCAUCCCCUGGCCAACCUUAUUAUGGUCAAUAGGUUGUAUUUUUACAUCGUUUUUUCUUUUUCCUUUUUUUGUUUUUUUUUUCUUUUUAUUGUUUUUGUUUUAUUUUCUUUACUGAAGGCAAGUUAAUGCUGUUUCUAGCUCCUUUCCUUACGGGAAUAUCUGGCCAAAAAAAAAAAAAAAAAAAUUCGCACCCAAAUUCAAUUGCCGCUUCUGAAUCUCAAAUUGUCUUAUCUGCUGUUAUUGGAACCUGUAAUUCUCGUGUUAACAUUUUAAUAUGUCAUACUUACAAA